AUGCGUGUUGCCUGUUUCCGACUAGUCUUUUAUGCUCGACAUUUCAACACGAGCGGAUGGUCCAAGUAAUCCGAAUACAUCUUUGAUUUAAAAAAAUUUAAUUGCAUUUAAGAUGACUGAAACUCUGCAAUUAAGGGGAACUCUUCGGGGUCAUAAUGGCUCGGUUACGCAAAUUGCGACAAAUCCGAAAUACCCGGAUAUGAUUUUAUCCUCCUCACGUGAUAAAACAUUAAUUGUGUGGAAGUUAACACGUGAUGACGCUAACUACGGUAUUCCUCAAAAGCGUCUAUACGGUCAUUCACAUUUUAUCAGCGAUGUUGUUCUAUCUUCCGAUGGAAAUUAUGCACUAUCCGGUUCCUGGGACAAAACUUUGCGCCUUUGGGACUUAGCUGCAGGCAGGACCACUCGGAGAUUUGAAGAUCAUACCAAGGAUGUCCUGAGUGUCGCAUUCUCUGUAGACAAUCGACAAAUUGUUUCGGGUUCACGAGACAAGACUAUCAAGUUGUGGAAUACAUUGGCAGAAUGUAAAUAUACCAUUCAAGAUGAGGGACAUACGGAUUGGGUCAGCUGCGUACGCUUUUCUCCAAAUCAUUCCAAUCCUAUUAUUGUAUCUGCUGGCUGGGAUUGCGUUGUUAAGGUAUGGAACUUGACAAACUGCAGACUAAAGAUCAACCAUAAUGGACAUUCUGGAUAUCUCAAUACAGUUACUGUUUCUCCAGAUGGUUCAUUAUGUGCAUCUGGUGGAAAGGAUUGCAAAGCUAUGUUGUGGGAUUUGAAUGACGGCAAGCACCUCCAUACUCUUGAUCAUAAUGACAUCAUUACUGCACUUUGCUUUAGCCCUAAUCGCUACUGGCUCUGUGCUGCAUUUGGACCAUGGAUCAAGAUUUGGGAUCUUGAGACUAAAGAAAUGGUUGAGGAAUUAAAACCUGAAGUUGUAUCUGCAACCAGUAAAGCAGAACCACCUCAAUGCUUGUCCCUUGCUUGGUCCACUGAUGGACAAACAUUGUUCGCAGGUUACUCCGACAAUACUAUUCGCGUAUGGCAAGUCUCUGUAUCUAGCCGCUAAUACUUUGUAAAAAAGUAGAAAAAUAAAAAAAAAUGUAAACGUCAA